CACACAUGCGCUGAGCUGGCAGAGCCACAGUCAGUCAGGGCUGAUCCUCCGCCCGCUGCGCCCGAGGAGAGGAGAGGAGACACGGACAGCCUCGCGUCCGGGUGCUGGAGACCCAACUCACCACACACUGUCUCCGAGGACAACACCGAGGCCCCAGGACUGGAAACGACCUGAGGAAAUCGCAAACUCGAAACGGAGACACCAUCCGGACACGAAGCUGAAAAGGAGGACGUCUCCUCUCCAUCGCCUUUUGCGCACGACCACCCAUUAAACCCCCUCUGGACCAGCGCCGCACGCAAGCGAUGCACCUUGAUGCCUAGACAACGAUCACUCCGAUCGGGUUCUGUAUGUUUUUGUGGCGCAUCAUUCUUAACUAAGCAGUCAUUCCAGAGUCGAUCGUAACAGUGCGGACACUGUGUUCACACACAUGUAUUCAACGGGUUUCUUCUUCAUGAGAAUAUCCUCAUGGCCUGAAACAGACAUAAACUAUUAAAUCCGUCGCAUUCACUCUGGAUUGACGCCUUUUUUAUUUUUUAUCUCGCAUGUCUUGAGUUUUCUGCUUUCUUGAACACUGUCACGCAUGUCCAGAAAACAGUCUGAUGCUCUCAGACAGCAGUAGGUUAUCCAGCCACUGGUGACAGUGUCUUACAGGUUCUUUUGCAUAACCUGCCGGGCCUUCCUUAAAAACUGACUCCCUAUUUUGCAAUCCAAAGGAUUUGGAGCAAACAUCCCAAUUGGAAAGUUUAAGGUGGAGACCAGGGCUGGGCCACAACACAUCCAGGAGGUUUUACAGAAGGUUGCAGGCUCCGGACCGCAUGCCGUCAUGCUGUCCUUAGACGAGCCACUGGACCUAAAAGUGCCGAGGGGGCGGGUGAGUGGGCGGGACAGAUGCGCCAGGUCUCCGCCCACUCUCACUCCCUCUCCCAUUCACGGCAAGGGGGCGGGGCAGCUGCGUAUGGCAGACGACGGGACUGCAGUCAUCAUUCCAGCGUCUCCUGCCUCUCCACACACAGCAGGUGUCCUGCAGGAGAAGUCGGAGACACCCACACCCCCCGCCGUGGACCUCAGCAUGUCCCCGUCCUCCCGAAACACAGCCUGCUCUCCGGAUCUCUCCAAUGGAAAUGGCUCAGCUCCCAUUUUCCCUGGAGACUCAGCUCAUAUCCGUUACAUGGAGGGAGGAGCCACAUCUCAAGCAUUCCAGUUCUUUGUGCCCAUUGGAGGAGGUGGAGGGCUUCACUUGCCUUCAUCAAUGUUCAUUCGGCAGCCCAAGGACACAAGAGCUUCUCCAGACCUCUCUGCAGAUGAACAGCUGGCCUGUCGCUGGAGGAAGUGCCACCUACUUUUUGACUCCUUGCAAGACCUGGUGGAUCACGUCAAUGACUUCCAUGUAAAGCCUGAGAAGGAUUCUGGGUACUGUUGCCACUGGGAGGGAUGUGCACGCAAAGGACGGGGAUUCAAUGCCAGGUACAAGAUGCUGAUCCACAUCCGUACUCACACUAAUGAGAAACCACACCGCUGUCCUACCUGUAACAAGAGCUUCUCCCGACUGGAGAACCUCAAGAUUCACAACCGCUCACACACAGGAGAGAAGCCCUACAUCUGUCCAUACGAGGGCUGCAACAAGCGCUACUCUAAUUCCAGUGACCGGUUCAAACACACGCGCACACACUAUGUGGACAAGCCCUACUACUGCAAGAUGGUGGGCUGCUUGAAACGCUACACAGACCCCAGCUCCCUAAGGAAGCAUAUCAAGGCUCAUGGGCACUUUGUAGCCCAGGAGCAGGGAGGUCCGGGUGCGGUGGGCUCCCUGAUGAAGCCGGGGCAGAACGCAGGGGCAGGGAAAGAAUCUGAGCUGACUUACGUCAGUGGGGCCCACAUCAUCAUUCCUGGUGCUGCCGCUGCUCUCUUGGGCAGUCAUGGUCUGCAGGGUCUUGGAGGGUCCCUCCCUUUGUCCCCCCUCAGUCCCCGCCCCUUGGACUUGAGCACACUGGGCUGCCCAAGCUCCCCUCCAGCUGGGCUUGGGGGGACAUCCAUCCUGUCCUUCAGCGGUUCCCCGCUUGGUCUGACCAAGUCACACUUUCUGUCUCCUACCUUCUCAUCUUCCACGUUGGGGUUGCCCAUGGUGCCCAUGUUGGGCUCGGAGCGCAGGGACCAUGGCAAGGGCAAGGCCAGAGGCGAGGAGGGUGAGGACGAGAUCCAUGGCGGUGUGCUCAACCUGUCUACGGGGGCGUCCCACGACCCCCUGUCUUGGGUUGUCAUCCCUUCUGGCCCGGUGGUGCUGAAGCCAGCUGUGGUCAACUGAACAUCACAUUCCAGAGGAAUGGCAGGGGAAGGGUGGGGGUGGAACAGGGGUCAGAGGUCGGAGGCAAGCCUGUGGGGGGGUUUUACAAAGCAAAUGCAGUUAUGCUUGGAGGUGACACAAUCUUCUUCAACUUUUAGCGCUACUUCAGUUCUAAUUUGUACCUUAUGGUUGGACACAGCAACCUGUUUCUUAUGAUAAUAGAGAUGGUAUCUUGAAGAAAAUUUAGUGUAACGAUUCAGAAAGUUGCAAAACAUUCACCUCCGUUCCAUUCUUUUUCUCUCUCUGGCUUAUCUUUUUACCAGGGUUGUCCAAUCCUGCUCCUGGAGGGACACCUUCCUGGAGAGUUUAACUCCAGUCUGCUCCAACACACCUGCUUGGAAGUUUUGAGUUAUCAUGAAGAGCUUGAUUAGCUGUGUUUAAUUAGGGUUGGUACUAAACUCUGAGUUGUGGGCAACUCUGGCCCUCAGGGUCCACUGUCCUACAGAGUUUAGUUACAACCUUAACAAAACACAAACUAAACCCUACACUAGGCAGGUGAGUGGACCUUGAGGGCCAGGGGUUGCCCACCCCUGGUCUGAACUCUGCAGGAGGGUGGCCCCCAAGAAGCAGGAUUGGACCCCAAGUCUUGUCCGUUUAGUUUUUUGUUUUAUGACAGCACUGAUCUAAAGGCAGACUUAAGAAUCUGUGCCCUUGCUUCAAGAGACAAUUAUAUUUAUGUUUCAGAGAAACUUUUGGACGACAGUGUACGCAACACACUAAAGACACAAACGUGUGCUUCAGGAACUGACCUUCAAGCCAGUCCAUGCGUUAUGAAAAGACCUCUGAGCACAGAAAGCCAUAGGUCUUUGAGGCUAAAUCGCAUGGGCCAGGUCAGGCUUGCAAAGAGGUGCUGAGGUCGUAGGUCAGGCGAGAGCAGCUCAUUUACUGGCCCAGUAGUGUCCAAUUCUGUCCCUGGAAUGCCACUUUCCUGCAGAGUUUCUACACACUUGGCUGUACGUUUGUAGUGAUCCUGAAGACCUUGAGUAGCUGGUGCAGGUGUGUUUACAUAGGGCUAGAGCUAAACUCUCCCAGACAGUGGCCCUUUAGGAGCAGGAAUGGACACCCCUGCUUCAAACUGUCCAGAGUUCCACCUCAGUCAGAGGGUACCCUCUGCAUCCCUUGCAAGUGAACUUCUUUAGCUCAAUGCUAUUACAAGCUAUAUGACAAACCUUGCAUUUGCUGCUAGCUGUAUCACUGCAAUAUUAGCAUACAUCUUUGAAUAAAAAAAGAUAAAGUAUGAACGACAAUCUGUCCUUUGAGGAGGAAAUAGAAACAUUGACUAGCUCUAUUUUGUUGAAUAAGAGAUUUACAGACACAAGACUCACAAGACUGAGUUUUAAGUCAUACAAGGGCACAAACUUUCCAAGCGCUAAUGCUAAUGCCCUAUAGGACAUGGCACUGAUGUAAAUAGUGCCAUCUUUUGGUCAUUACUUGUACUGCACACUACUAGUUGAACCAAGGGCCAGAUUUAACA